CUCAGUGCUGUUUUCGGCAGAGGAAGGAGUGUUGGAGCAGCAUGGCGUGCUGAGACAUACCGCAAAAACUCCCGGAGAUGCCAAUUCCGUUUAACGUCUGAAAAAGAACAACAAUGGCCGAUAUCUUCUGCGAUAAGGAAAGAAUGACAAGAGAGCGAUACGCGAACACCGUUCGGGAAGUUUUGGCGGAAAGUUAUGACAUACUGCGGCACUCAAUUUCCGCGCUUCCAGCACUGCAAGAUGGCGAGGAGGCUGAACACAGAGGACUGGCGCCAGAACGAGAAGCUGCGGAACGGCGAAAGGUCGGCCUGAUGGAGCCGUCGCCCUGCGCUUCUCACUCGGCUCAGAGACCACGAGAAGACGCGCUUCUGAGAAAUUUCCAGAUUCCACGGAAGAACAAAGAACAGAAAGCUCUGUUCCAGUACCUGGCUCCAGAGUCCCGUGAGUUUGAGGACAUCAUGAGGAUCCUUAACACCUCCUACCUGGAACCUGCAUCCGUGGGAACCUUCGCCUACACCAAGGCCCGGCUGGUCCACAGCGAGCUCCUGGACAAAGGCUUCUGUGAGAAGCGGAGAGAGCUGAAGACGGAGGGCCGGACAGACUGCCAGCUUCAGGAGUCAUACCGCUUCCUGCUAACGGACGGAUCGAAGCUGCCUGACAUCUGUGACAAGGGCCUGCAUGUGGGUCACAGCCGGGUGGAGAGGCUGGGAAACCCCGCCCUUGGUGUUUGUCUGUCCAGGUACUCUGACCUGCUGCAGAUCAAUCCCUUUGAUGUUGGGGCUUCAGGGGAGGUCAUCAUAUUUAAAGUCAUCAAGGGAAAGGUGAAGGACAUAUUUCAGAAAAAAUCCAAGAGGCCUCCGGAUCCCACUCCUGGGUUCGACUGCCACGUGUCCAAGAAGGCCUCCUCUGUGACGUCUCUGCUGUCAUACCGAGCCUUCGAGAUCACGCAGCAAUACUUCUACGAGUACAACUUCGACGUCAUCAGGCCGGUGCCUCGGCAUGUGUGUCCAUACGCCGUCGUGUCCUUCCUGUUCAAAGGCCGUCAGGUGGCGCCAACCCCCCCAAAACCGGCUGCCCCACUCAGGUUCAUCAGUCGCAGCUCUGAAGCCAGUGCAGUGCGGAGCAGGUACACGGUCUGGAGGGGGCGGCUGCAGAAUCGGGGUCAGCUGGUGUCCGAGGUGUCCCUCUGCUCCUCCUGCCGAGCCUUCCUGCCCGUCAAACUCCCAGAGACUCUGGAGAUGGACACAGCGAUGACCCUGGACCAGGUGAAGCAGAAGAUCCCGACAGUGUUGUUGUCCCUGAACACCUACGGCAAUAAAAGCGAAGUGAUGCAGAGCAGACUGUACUGCAGUCUGUUUGAGGUGGAGGGAAAGGAGAAGGGCACCCUCACAGGCCUGAUGAUGGCACUGGAGAGAGAGGCAAUGGUGCUGGUAAAGCCUGUAAUUGAUAGUGGGUUCCUCUUGCUGCUGUCGUCUGCACAGAUGGUCCAUCCUGAAGGGCGGUGUGGAGGCUGGGUUUGGCAGCUCCAGGCCCUCUUCAUCUUUCAGGAGUCCAGAGGUGUGACGAGGCUUUCGGCGGCCCUGCUGGAGCAGCAGGCUCGGGGGUCAGAGGUCAUGGGCGGUGUGCAGGCCUUCCUGCCUGCGCUGCAGUACGCUGAGGUGAAGCUGCGCUCCUGCAGCCCGGCCAACAUGGCCGCCGCCGCGGGCCGGCUGGCCGGCCGCUUCCUGUCCCGGCCCGGCGGGGAGCGCCCUCUGGAGCCGGUCCCCCCGGCCCCGUCACGCGUCCACAGCCUGGCCCCCCGCCUGCACGCCUACCUGCACCGCCCCGCCACCUACGGCCUACCUGUGCGCCACGCCCUGCGCAUGCUGAGGGCCCGGCCUCGCACCGCCCCACCGGCGGGCACGCCGGGGCCGGGGCCCUCCCAGGGCCAGUACGACCCCACGAUGAUGACGAAGCUGCUGAAUAUCAUCAAAACCUGCAAGAAGAACCGGGGGGGCCCGGGGGGCCAGCCAGGGGCCGGGCCGGGGGCGCAGCCCAGAAACGGACAGCACAUUGGACCAGGCAAAGAGGAGGAGUGGCCCAGUGGGUGUGGUCUGAAGAGGAAAUGCGAAGAUGAAUCCACAGAGACCCCAGCCAAACAUCUACGGAGAGACUGGGAGUCCAGCACAGUUAGAGACACGGGGCAGAUGUGGGGCAGAUGUGGGGAGAAGGGUGCGCUCGUUUACUUGCCCAAGUGGAGACCACGCAGCUGUACUGUGAUGGUUUCCUCUCCGCAGGAGUACCUGAGGGCUUUGGGGAAGGAGGAAUGUGACCCCGAGGCGUUCCUGCAGCGGCCCGGCGGGACAGACAGGCUGCUGGUCGUCAUGGAGAACCAGGACAUCGCCACCCACCUGCACAAGGUCCCGGGCCUGGUGGCGCUGAAGCGUCAGGGCGUGAGGGUGAGCUUCGUGGGGGUGGACGGGCUGGGCGACCUGCAGAACUGCAGCUACGACGAGCUCCUGGCCUCCGGCGGGUUCCUGGUGCCUGACGAGUUCCUGCUCAGGCCCGAUUUCAUCACACACGAGAGACUCCAGACGCUGCUGACAUCACUCGAGGGGCGGAGCUCUCCCGAGAACACCUGGUGCUGGAAAAUUCACUGCAAAACCAGGAAGAAACUGAAGGAGCUCGGCAGGAGCAGCAGCGAGGCGCUGGGUCUGGUGAAUCUGCUCUUCACCUAUCAGAAGCGCCACCUGGUGGAGUUCCUGCCCUAUCACCACUGCGACGCAUCCGACCGCCGAGCUCCAGACCUGCCCUGUCUCAUACACCUGCAGGCCCAGAACACACACUACCGCCACACUGUGUUCCUCACAGAGCGUCGAGCCGAGAUGUUCCCUGGUUACUCGGACAACGGGAUUGUGAUUGCCAACAUCGAUGAUGUCACCAACCGCUUUGAGGCCUUGGUGGGCACCUGCGGCAGGAGGGCGGAGCCUCAAGUCAGCACGCCCCCUGCUGAAAGACAUCCGCCGCCCCCCCCUCAAAGAUUUCAGCCCCCACCCCCCCUUCCUGAGGACUUGCACCCUCCCCUCCCCGCCUCUCGGAAUUCUCACCCUCCCCCGCCCCCCCCUUCAGAGUUUAACCCUCCGCCACCCCCUGCAGAGUUUUGCCCCCCUCCACCCCCCCCUGCAGAGUUUUACCCCCCUCCGCCCCCCCUUGCUGAGUUUAACCCCCCUCCGCCCCCCCCUUCAGAGUUUAACCCCCCUCCGCCCCCCCUGCAGAAGUUUUACCCCCCUCUACCCUGCCUUGAGGACUUCUGGCCCCCGCUUCCUGUGCUGGAGUAUGGGGCCCCCUCCCCCCCGGCCCAGCUGGUCCCGGCCCCCAGCGUCCCGGCCCCCAGCGUCGCGGCUGAACCCCAGUCAGCGGACGCGCUGCAGGACUUGGACGCGCUGAGACUGGCCAUCUCACAGUUCAAAGCCUCCCGGCUGGAGGAGCUGGAGCUCGGCGGGGCGGCGACCUUUGACCCUUACCACAGCUUCUUGAGCCCCCCCUCGCUGUAG